UUUGACAUAACUAGAAUCAGCUGUUUUCCAGCAAUUACAAAAACCAAAACAAAACAAUUUUGUUAGAAAAAAUUGUUUAAUUUUAAACUCAAGUGUUUUUUAAUAAAUCCCGGCUAUGCAGGCUGCGGGUUUUACCUCUAUCCUGUGCCUGAGGCAAUGCGCCCUGUCGGCUAGACGCCAGCUUUCCGCCACGGCACAAUCCGCGCUUUCCGGCUCCCAAACAAAUGAUCAGCAAUUGCCUCCGCCAAGCAUCAAAUCCUCGGACAAAAUGCGCGGAUGGCAGCUGCACAACUACGGCGACAUUGACGAGCUGCAGCUCUCCGAGAAGCUGAAGAUCCCCCAGAUCCGCAGCUCCAACGAGUGCCUCGUGCGGAUCAGGGCCACCGCAGUGAAUCCCAUUGACCUGGCCAUGCUUCGUGGCUACGGAGCCACUGUGCUGAACAAGAUGCGCUGUCAGCCGGGCGAUGGCAUCGAGUUCCCCCUCAUCCUGGGUCGCGAGUUCUGCGGCGAGUUGGUGCAGACGGGCAUGGGUGUUUCUGCGGACUCACUGCCCCUGGGAACCCGCGUCUGGGGAGUGGUGCCCUUGCAGUCCAGCGCAGGAGCUCAUGCUGAGUACGUAGCCGUUCCCUCAUAUUGUCUCGCUCCUGCCCCCAAAGAACUGGAUGACAGCGAGGCCGCCAGCGUUUUGUAUGCCGGAUUGACGGCCUGGUCGGGUCUGUACAUAACCGGAGGACUGGGUGGUCCUUGUGGAGCCGCCACUGCUUCUGGCGGAGGUGCCCACAAACGGGUCUUAGUCCUGGGCGGCUCUGGUGGCGUUGGCACCUUGGCCAUUCAAAUCCUCAAGUCGCAAAAAGUUCAAGUUCUGGCAACCUGCAGUGAAAACGCCGUUGAAAUGGUGCGGAAUCUGGGAGCCGACUUUGUAGUAGACUACAACAACAGCGAGGCCAUGGAGGAGCUGUGCAAGUACGCACCUUUCGACAUUGUGCUGGACUGUGCCGGUCAAGGAGGCCAGAAGGCGGCGGAAUCAAAGGUUGACUUCCGGCAGUAUAUCACCUUCUCAUCCCCGUUGCUGGCCAACAUCGAUAAGCAGGGAUUGGGGCUGGGAGCGCUCAAGAAUGUGUUUGAUCUGGUCCAGACCAACGUUAAGUCCGUCACGCAGCGCGGAGGUCUUGUGAAGUGGGGCUUCUUCAGUCCCGCACCCCAAGGCAUUCAAUUCCUACAGAAAUUAGUGGAGCAGCGAAAGCUGAUGCCGUUGAUCGAUAGCAGCUACGGGUUCGCUGAUCUGCCAAAGGCCUUUGAGAAGAUGAAGGACGGACACUUGCGGGGCAAGAUUGUGGUGAAGCUCUGAGAGGCAACGGGCGAAUGACUGACUGCUAUUGUUAAUAUUGUUUCUGUUCCAUUAAACGCUUGUGUUGGUUAAUUUAAA